UUCUGUGGAUCAGCAUUUUCAAGCACCGAUCUCUAUUUCACCAUAUUCCAUCAUGGGCUCAACAUCUCAGUUUCCCCGCAUUAAGGAGAUCCGCACUUUCGUCAUUGAUGGCGUUGGCUCCGGCGGCGACUACCACAAUGUCAAGGGAGGUCACUGGCUGAUCGACAGCAAUAUCUCGACUCCCAUGGCCAAGUGGCCGGAGUACCGCCGUUCGCGUACUUCCUGGGGCAUCAACGUGCUGGGAUCUUUCUGUGUUGAGAUUGAGGCUACGAAUGGGAGCAAGGGCUUUGCGACUGGCUUCGGCGGUCCUCCUGCUUGCUGGCUGACCCACCAGCACUUCGAGCGCUUCCUGAUCGGCGAAGACCCCCGCGAUACCAACAACCUGUUCGAGAAAAUGUACCGCGCCUCAAUGUUCUAUGGCCGCAAGGGUCUGCCCACAGCCGUGAUCUCGGUCAUUGAUUUGGCCAUCUGGGAUCUCCUGGGUAAGAUUCGCAACGAGCCCGUCUACAAGAUGAUCGGCGGUGCCACUCGGGAGCGAUUAAAUUUCUACUGCACUGGUCCUCAGCCUGCGGCUGCCAAAUCCAUGGGCUUCAUCGGAGCCAAGGUGGCAUUGCCCCACGGCCCGGACGAGGGCACCGAGGGUCUCGUAAAGAACGUCGAGUACCUACGUGAGCAGCGAGCCAGCGUCGGACCCGAUUUCCCUCUUCGCGUCGACUGCUACAUGUCUCUUACUGUCCCCUACACUAUCGAGCUGGUCAAGCGCUGCGAGGCCAUCGGCUUGAACAUUGACUGGUGGGAGGAGUGCCUUUCGCCCGAUGACUUCGACGGCCACGCCCUGCUGAAGCGCGCCCAUCCCACCGUCAAGUUCACCACCGGUGAGCAUGAGUUCUCCCGCUACGGCUUCCGCAAGCUCGUCGAGGGCCGUAACCUCGACAUCAUCCAGCCCGAUGUUAUGUGGCUCGGUGGUAUGACCGAGCUCCUCAAAGUCUCCGCUCUCGCCGCCGCCUAUGAUAUCCCCGUAGUGCCUCACGCGUCCGGCCCCUACUCCUAUCACUUCGUUGUCUCCCAGAUCAACAGCCCCUUCCAAGAAUACCUGGCCAACUCGCCCGAUGGCAAGUCUGUCCUGCCCGUCUUCGGCAACCUGUUCUUGAACGAGCCCAUCCCCACCAAUGGAUAUCUCGAUGUCUCGAUUCUGGACAAGCCUGGGUUCGGACUUGAGCUUAACCCUGCUGCCGCGCUGAUCCCGGCCUCUACUCUUCUUACCCCCGCGCCGCAGAAGAGCCUGCGUGCUCCUGAGGAGAAGAUCAAUGGCACGACUGCCUGA